GUUUUCAUGGGUUUUUGUUAUUUACAUACCAAGGAGAAAAGAAGGAAAAAAUCGAUGACCUAAAUCAAAAAAGGGAAUGAGAACCUUGUAAACAAAUAACCCCAUGCAUUAUGGUUUGGAGAAUGUGGAAUAAGCAUGUUGAGCAGGCCAACAUCUCCUCCAAUUUCCAAGGGUUUGGAGAUCAAGAAACUCAUUCUCCAAGGCUUCAACUCCUUCAAACACCUCAAGCAUCUCCACGCUCACCUUCUCCGUUUCGGUCUCUGCCACGACAACUAUCUUCUCAACAUGAUCUUGAGGUGUAGCUUUGAUUUCUCUGACACAAACUACACUCGCUUCCUCUUCCAUCAGAUUAAACAACCCAACAUUUUUUUAUGGAAUACCAUGAUCCGAGGCUUGGUUUCCAAUGAUUGUUUCGACGAUGCCAUUGAGUUCUAUGGUUUGAUGCGAUCAGAGGGCUUCUUGCCCAACAAUUUCACUUUCCCUUUUGUUCUAAAAGCUUGUGCCAGGCUUUUGGAUUUGCAGUUGGGUGUGAAGAUCCACACCCUUGUGGUUAAAGGUGGUUUUGAUUGCGAUGUUUUUGUCAAGACUAGUUUGGUUUGUUUAUAUGCAAAAUGCGGUUAUUUAGAAGAUGCCCACAAGGUGUUUGAUGAUAUUCCGGACAAAAACGUUGUUUCUUGGACGGCCAUCAUUAGUGGGUACAUUGGUGUUGGCAAAUUUAGGGAAGCCAUCGAUAUGUUUCGGAGGUUGCUGGAGAUGAAUUUAGCGCCAGAUAGUUUCACCAUUGUUCGGGUUUUGUCUGCCUGUACUCAAUUAGGGGAUUUAAAUAGCGGAGAGUGGAUCCAUAAAUGUAUCAUGGAAAUGGGCAUGGUGAGGAACGUCUUUGUGGGUACCUCUUUAGUGGAUAUGUAUGCUAAGUGUGGAAACAUGGAGAAAGCUCGUAGUGUCUUUGACGGGAUGCCUGAGAAGGAUAUAGUUUCCUGGGGUGCCAUGAUUCAAGGUUAUGCAUUGAACGGGCUCCCCAAAGAAGCUAUAGACCUCUUUUUGCAAAUGCAAAGAGAAAAUGUGAAACCAGAUUGCUAUACCGUGGUUGGAGUUCUUUCUGCUUGUGCGAGAUUAGGGGCGUUAGAAUUAGGGGAGUGGGUCAGUGGGUUGGUUGAUAGGAAUGAGUUUUUAUAUAACCCUGUCUUAGGCACUGCAUUGAUUGACUUGUAUGCAAAAUGUGGGAGCAUGUCUCGGGCCUGGGAAGUCUUUAAAGGGAUGAAGGAGAAGGAUCGAGUGGUCUGGAAUGCUAUAAUAUCUGGGCUUGCCAUGAAUGGCUAUGUUAAAAUAUCAUUUGGACUUUUUGGCCAAGUAGAGAAACUUGGGAUCAAACCAGAUGGGAACACUUUCAUUGGCCUGCUUUGUGGUUGUACUCAUGCUGGUCUGGUUGAUGAGGGCCGGCGAUAUUUCAAUAGCAUGUACCGUUUCUUUUCGUUGACUCCAUCAAUUGAGCAUUAUGGAUGUAUGGUGGAUCUUCUUGGUCGUGCAGGUUUAUUAGAUGAAGCUCAUCAAUUGAUUAGAAAUAUGCCAAUGGAGGCUAAUGCCAUUGUUUGGGGAGCAUUGUUAGGUGCAUGUAGGAUACAUCGGGACACCCAGUUGGCUGAACUUGCAUUGAAGCAACUUAUUGAAUUAGAACCUUGGAACUCAGGAAAUUAUGUCCUCUUAUCAAAUAUUUACUCAGCAAAUCUUAAAUGGGAUGAAGCAGCAAAGGUUAGGUUAAGCAUGAAUGAGAAAAGGAUCCAGAAACCACCUGGGUGUAGUUGGAUUGAGGUAGAUGGUAUCGUCCACGAGUUCCUUGUGGGAGACAAGUACCACCCCUUGUCAGAGAAGAUAUAUGCAAAACUAGAUGAAUUGACUAAGAAAAUGAAAGUAGCUGGUUAUGUUCCAACAACAGAUUUUGUGCUGUUUGACAUAGAAGAGGAGGAGAAGGAGCAUUUCCUUGGUUGCCACAGUGAGAAACUUGCUAUUGCAUUUGGUCUAAUAAGUGCAACACCAACAGCCGUGAUUAGGGUUGUGAAAAACCUUAGGGUUUGUGGUGACUGUCACAUGGCUAUAAAGCUAAUUUCAAGUAUCACAGGUCGAGAAAUAACUGUGAGGGAUAAUAACCGAUUUCAUUGUUUCAGAGAGGGAUCUUGUUCAUGUAAUGAUUAUUGGUGAUAGCAACCCUUGUAUGAGAGAGGAAAUGCCAUUCAGCCAUUGUCUCCCUUUCUUGUAAAAGAUAAAGAUUAAAUAUUCUGGAAUUUAGGCAUUGUCCAAGUUCUUGAA